CUAGGUGGGUUCAGGCAGAAUGUAGGAGACUGGGUGACACUGAUAAUCCUGAAGUCAGUGAACUUUUGAGAACAGCAGUGCGCUGCCUCAAAGAAAGGCUUGUCCUUUUCAAGUAUUGUGCAGAAGAGGUGGCAAAUAUGAGGCAUAAUGCAUUAUUUAGGAGGUUUAUAAGUGCUCUUACCCGUGGAGGACCUGGUGGAAUUCCCAGACCCAUUGAAGUACAUGCUCAUGAUCCCUUACGUUAUGUAGGUGACAUGCUAGGGUGGCUACAUCAGGCAUUGGCAUCUGAAAGAGAACUUGUCCUUGCAUUGCUAGAUCCAGAUGCAGUGGUUGAUACUGGCCCGACUGCACGCCAAUUCUCCUCCAAAGGUUUAGAGAGUGAUAUAGGAAAAAAUGAGACUGACUUGACGUUUGUUCUAGACAGGAUUUUUGAAGGAGUUUGCCGGCCAUUUAAAGUUAGAGUUGAACAAGUUUUGCAGUCGCAACCUAGUUUUAUAAUUUCAUACAAACUUAGUAAUACCCGGGAGUUUUACAGCUUUACUGUGAGUUGA